CCCACAGCUCUUUAAGUCAAUAAGGGAAAUCUGUCUGCUUAACAGGCUGUUUUCCUACUCUGCAGUCAGAAAAGUCUGGGGAGGCAUUUGACCGCUCAUGUGGAAUCCAGCUUAAGUCAUGUGCUAGUCUUUCCCGGAUCAGUGGCAAAGACUGCACAGUUUUGAUGUCCCUCAAAGCUGUUGGUGAUGAUUUGGUAAUGUGGCAUUGAAAGUAGUCUUGUUGUCUGCUUGAGUUACUCUUGGCCAAAUUGUGUGAUAUGUAAGAUCAAGCACCUAGAAGAAUACAAUGGCUGAUUGGGACUAUGAUUAUCUCAUCAAACUUCUGGCACUCGGAGACUCUGGGGUUGGAAAGACCACUUUUCUCUACAGAUACACGGACAGCAAGUUCAACCGCAAGUUUACGACAACAGUAGGAAUUGACUUCCGGGAAAAAAGAGUGAUAUACACAGGCACGGGGGCUGAUGGAAUCACCGAGAGAAACUUUAGGGUUCAUCUUCAGCUUUGGGACACAGCUGGACAAGAAAGAUUUCGCAGCCUAACCACAGCAUUUUUUAGAGAUGCAAUGGGCUUUUUGCUGAUGUUUGAUUUAACUAACCAGCAAAGCUUUCUCAAUGUCAGAAACUGGAUGAGUCAGCUUCAGGCUAAUGCAUACUGUGACAGUCCAGACAUAGUGCUGGUGGGAACCAAAGCUGACCUCCGUGACAUGAGAAAUGUUCACACCAGGCAGGCCCGGGACCUGGCUGACAGAUACAGCAUUCCCUACUUUGAGACGAGUGCAAUGACAGGUGCUGAGGUGGACAAAGCAGUGACUGCUCUUUUGGAGCUUGUAAUGAAAAGGAUGGAGCAGAGCAGUGGACACGCCUCAGAGCCAAACGGCAGCCCCGCGUCAAGCCACGAGGUGGAGGAGGCUGUUGUCACAAGGAAAUGUUGCUAAAUAUUUGCAAACUGUAAAUAAAUAUUUAAUAGUUCAAGUCUAAAUCUUCACAUGCACAGUUGAAUUAUCAUGAUUAUUUAGUAAAGAAAAGUAAAGAUAAUCUCAGAAGAAUAUGAUUUAUUGUUCCAUUGAGGCAUUUAUGUAAGAAAUACAGGCACAUAACAUAUUUAUCAUGGAGCAUAAUUAAACCAUUUAGAAUUGUAUGUAUGAUUUAUGAAUGAGGAGAGAAACCCCCUUAAAUGUCGUAAAUUCAUGGCUUACAUAUAAAAAGCCAUGGAUUAUGUUUUCUGGAACAAGACAGACAUGCAGAUUGAACAAAGUACAAGACUGUUAUAUGGCAGUUAAAAAUCAAUAUAUUUAAUAAAUUGUUAUGUAUAUAUGUGUUAUUGGAAUGCACCAAUGCAUUGUAUGUUGAUAAUUACAGUCAUUACAGAGUGUAUUAUCUUUCAAGAUCUAUG